CGCAUAUCCGGCAUGAGUGGACUGCCGUCUGAUCUGCCUCCAUGCUUUACCACAUUCGGAAGAGGACAUGCGGCGCCAGCCGUGACACAUUCUAUCAUCGUCAUUAUCCACAACCGCCCCAGGUUCGUCUAACACCACUCGUCCAGUCCAGCACAAUUCCUUAGCAUCCUGCCGGAAACCUACCAUUUCGACGAAUGUGUUCAAAGCGCGUCUUUUCCUUGAUUCUUUUCUAAACCGCCUAAUUCGGUCGGCAGCUUUUUUGUCAAGGAAAAAGGCACUAGAAUAAUCAGCAAUUCUAACGGAACGAUCAUUUUGCUAAGCACAAUGCUCUGGAGGGGACUUCUGGCUUGAAAUCUGGAGCGUCUUUUGGCCAUUCGAUAACACAUCGCGAGAGAUAGCCUGGCGGCUUCGAAACAAAGAUCAAAAACCUGUCGACUCCGAUAUCAAGCUGACCACCGCAUGGCGAAAGCGAAACUACUUUUAACGGUUGAAUGGCGUCUGGUUCGAAGUCAGACAGCCAUUGCGAGACAGUUCCUACGAGGACUUCGAUAGCCCCACCGAGGCUACCUCUACCCCCAAGAUUUCAAUCUUCUCAAGUCGAUACUUCUGAUGCGCGACCAUGGAGCAGCUCGGAUUCCGUUCAUGCAUCCCCGCAUCCCUCAGGAGCAUUCCCUUACGCAGGAGAAAUUCGUGAGAAUCGCUCGCCGGCAUCACGCCAUUCACAGCUCCCACCACUCGACACUUCGCAGCUUUUCCACCGCUCGAUCCCCUCCAACCAAUUACCUGCCAUGAUUCUAGACCCCCAUUCAAGCAAAAGGCGACGUAUUGGUGAACCCGAGGAACUUGGUCAGCCAAAUUCGGUAUCGCGUUCAGAUUCUAUUGCUGAUUCAUCACGCUUGCGCACGCAUCCAGGUCGUCAGCCCGAAGAUCACCAAGGCUUUCACCCGCAAUUCACACGCUAUCGCCUUGACACUCUAGAUCAUGCAAGAGCAACUGGUCAGAAGAGGACUACAUGGGAUUCGCAUGCAAAUCGAGCUUCCGGUAAUGUCGUUUGCUGUUCACCUGGCUGCCCAGGCUCAACCUGUUCUCGAUUGAGAUCGAUAGUUCAGGAUCUAGUCACAGAGAUUUGUGCUCGUGAUCCCCUUGUCUCUGGGGGAACUUCGUCAUCUGAUGUUUUACCUCCAAAACCUAUAUUACCUGAGGCGACCGAGAUUGAUACUGGUGAUGCCCUUGAAUGGGCAUUGCAACGACUACGGUGGAACAACGCGUCCUUGAAGAACUUGCUGAAUCUAGAGCGUGUUCAAGCAUCGGACCUACAAAACUCGUCUUUUCGCUACACGUCUUCGAUCCACUCGCCGCUAGAUCGAAUGAAGCGGGACCAUGAGACGGCCCAUAACAAUAUCGAGUCAUCCUCUCCACAAUCCUCCCAACAAUUUUCCUCACAGCCAGAGCCAUCUUCUCAAAACUCUGUGCUCGGGCAGCACGACUCUUGGCGGGCCCUCGAACCUAUGGACCCUCCAGGUCAACCGCCGUCUAGGCAUUAUCGGUCGACAUCUUUCUCUAAUGCACUUCCAAUGCCUUCACCAACUCAUUCGGCCCACACAGCACGAAUGCUGCCAUCUCCAUCAUCUAUGAACCUGUCCAUUCCACCAAACCUUCCCCGAAUUUCUUCUCCGACUCCUGGCGGAGUCAGCGCAGCACAUCUAGCACACCUCCAAGAUCUCCAACACCAAGUUUCGGUUAAGCAGCUAGCUCUUCAAACUUUGCAGCGUGAAUAUGAUUCUCUUUUGCAGAAAUUGGAAAGGCAAAGUAUCAAAUCGCAAGCCCUGGAGAAAAAAUUCGAAGUCUCUGAUGCCGAGAUCAACGCAUUGACUGACGAGAAAGAACGACUUGCUAGCCAAGUGCUCGCCCUCGAAGCCCAAGUCGAAGAGCUGCAAGUAGCUCGGGAUGAGGCGAGAAAGAUGGGGGCGGACAGUGCUGCGCAGUACAUGAGGAUAGUAGAGAUGGCUAAUCAACUUCAAGGCAAAGGCGUGGAAGACCGGAAACAAUGGGAGAAUGAGCGGGGCUUGCUGCUGAAACGAAUUGCAGAACUUGAGGGAAACGGAGGUCCCAUUUCUCCCUCUUUGCGCUCUGGCGGUGGUCAACAUAGCCAGACUCCGGGGGAAAAUGCGUCUAAUCCGAGGCAGCACUUAUCUGAGACGACCGUCACUACCAAGCCACUUUCGACUGAAUCACCCUCUCCGCAAUCCAAAGAAAUCUUGUCUAUGCAAAAGGAAAUCAUAAAAUUGAAGAAUCGCAUAGUGGCCCUCCAGAGUGCUCUGAAAGAAGCAUUAGAGGAGAGCAAAGCGGUUAAAGCGGCAGCAUUGACUUUGGCUACAGCAGGCCAAAGACUCGAGGCUACGGCGUCAUCGGUAUUAGGCGACAUGUCCAAAAGCUAAGCGCCAUGUUAUUUUUCAAUUUCAUUGCCACUGCAAGGAGGUUUUCCGCCGAAGAUAAGUUUUGAGGCUUUACGGGCCAUGUCCAGAACAUGCCUGGGAUUUAUUUGUGACCAUCGGACAAGGAUUCUGCAUACAUCCCUUACGACUCAUCUAUCGACAAGCGGGAAGAUUUUUUUUUCUUCCUCGCGAAAUUAUGCGGAUUUCUUCUUUAAACCUCUAUCGUCCUUUAUCGGAGCCGCUUCAUAGUGAUGACGGAAGAGUGGCUGGAAAUUGUAUGACGGAAAAGUCAGGUUAUUGCGAUACUAUAUUUCUACGCUUGUAAUACCUUCGCCUAGAUAUCGUUAAGAUUUUUACGAGCUUAUUAAACAGUAUUCCGGUCUGUCCGUCAUCCUUGUACGCUUAUGUGCGCCACGCUGACGAAAACAUCGCUACCGACUCUGUCGCUGCCCGAUUUCGUGCUCGCUCUGUUUGUUUAUCAAAACCAGCCGCUUGAUGUCUCAGAAUUAGGCUAUGAACUGGAUGCCUCUCAAAUUUUUCAAUCAGUAUCAGCGGAUAUGAUUUACUGUUUCUAAUGAUUGCUACUUUACCUUGAACUAUAAUUUUGAUAUCAAAGGUGUGAUUUGCUUACGCACAUUUGAAUCCUUGCGUCAGU